AUGGACAAGAAAAGGGUGAAUCUCAGGUGCAAUGCUACAAUUGUUGGGACACAGGACACAGGGCCAAAGACUGUCUUCGGGGAAACCCACAAAUCGGCUGAGCACGCCUACCAGCUUACGAAAGCUAUUCGAUCUGGAGACUUCAACGCUACCGAAAAUAUCCGCAUUGCUCCCACAGCUCUUGAGGCUAAGAGAAUAGGAGAUAAAGCGAAGAUCCCAGAAAAGGCAAGAUCAAAAAGAAACGGAAAAUUUGUCGUGAUUUGUCAUCAAAACCACGGAGCAUCAGGUGGCCAUUUCCAUUGCCCAAGCUGUAAGAAGAUUAUCAAAAAGAAAGAAAAUGCAAAAUUACAUAUAGCGAAAUGUUCGGAGACGGAACGAGAUGAUAGUGGCCCGAAUGUAGAAGCCGAUGUUGCCCAAGACAGCCAAAAUGGCCAAUCUGAACAUUCCUACUCUAGAACCACAAAACAACAACAGGCUAAAAAUUCCUUUACAAAAAAACCUUGUCCAAUUUGCAAGAAGCUGUGCCACCCGCGUUGGUUGAAAAAACAUGUAAAAAUCCACAACAAGAAAAAAGAUGAGAUCACUGAAAACAGGCACAACUUUACAGUCUUGGUUGAUUCUGAGAGAGGAAUAUUUUGUUCUGCCAUAAAUCUUAGUGGACCACCACAUCCUGUCCACGUUAUCAAGAGGACGAGAAAUCUUAGUGGACCACCACAUCCUGUCCACGUUAUCAAGAGGACGAGUGGUGUCCAUCAAGACUCCUUUUGUGAUAACAACACAUGUAUCGAUAUGAAGGACACGGCUAGUAGAGGAGGGAAUCCUGCUUUCGAAUGCCCUCAUGUAAGAUCUACAUCAUACGCCGUAAAGGGAAAAUCUAUCGAUCUCAGAGAGGAGUCCCUUACAAAAAUUCAAAAAGAAAAUUUCAUGACAAAAGAGAGAUGCGACCAGUUGCGAAGAUUUAUGGAGACAACGAACGAUGAAUCACCAUUUUUAGUUGAGCUUCCUUCUCCAAAUUUGCAGUCUGACAGAUAUAUCUAUUUAUCGAUUGUAACGGGUCAAAAACGAUAUUGGUGCAAGACAGGGAGAACGGUGGUGACCAUCGACAAACAACAGAAAUCAUUUACAUGUCAGUGCUCUGAGCAAAGCAAGUACUGUAUUCAUAAGGCAGUAGGAAAAUGGUUUGCUAGCCAAGAAGUACAACAUCUCAUGUCUUCAUGCCAAACUCCAGAGCAGCCUGAUGAAGAGUCUUCGAACAGCAACCAAAAUCAGCUUCGCAUAUUUGAGUACAUUUUUGCUACUAAAAAAAUCCCAGAACUGAUACCAAAAGAGGUAUACGAAGAAACCAGUCAACAAAAUGAUUUGAUCGGUUCCUCCAGUCGAAAACUUUAUCCAUCAGAAGAUAUGUGUCACCGCUGCAAUGGUGGGUUGGCAUCUGAACUGGCGAAACACAAAUCAAAAAUAGUACAUUUAAACAAGAUCAUUCCAGAUGUUGCUGUCUACCACAAAAUUUGUCCUCGCUGUAAUACGAAAUACCGAUAUCAAGAAUGGAGUAAUGGAAUCCAUAACUAUAAUGAUAGUUUGUUCCUAGGAUUAGACGUUUGUCUUUUUAUAAGAGAUGGUUUACUAAACCAUGUUGCUAUGGGUCGUACGCUAGCCAUUCUACAAGAGAUGAUAGGAACAAAUCUGAAUGUGAUGGAAAUUGAAAAAGCUUAUCUACAUUUUGAAGCAAUGACUGACAGAGAGUACGAAUUCCAUUGCGUACUUUGUGGAUACUCUCCAGCAAUUAUCAUUUGGGACACUUUUCGAAAGGCAUCAUUUAGGCAUGUAGUGUCAGAUUUGCCACUACCUAAUGAGGAAGUCAAUGAGACAGUGAAUAUGAAAAACUUCUGGCAACAAGUAGAGAGCUGUAUUGUGAAACGAGGGAUAGAAAAGGAUCUUGCAAAACAGGAUGAGGUAAUACCCAAUUAUGGUUUCUGGAGUCCAUGGAUUGGGAAAUAUACUAGAAAAGACGAUGUUGUGUACAACACCGAGUUUAAAAAAUGCCCACCGUAUGCUCAUGAUGACAUAGAUGAAUGUAUACCAGAAGAAACCCUUUUUCAUUUACUGAUGCACGAAAAGACAUCAGCAAUUAAAAGGAUGUGCAGAGAACUAGGAGUGAAGCAAGGGAAUUCAUCUGUCGACAUGAUUCUAAAACUCAGAGACCUCUCUAUAAACAGAUCACAAUUUGAUCUGGCAUAUGAAAAAGUUUUUGGCUGUACAGGCGGUUGGGCAGUUGGAAGCUGUAGACACGGAGUUGUGUAUUGUAUUAAAAAUUUGCUUCGUUGUGAAUCUCCGAGAGAUUAUGUCGACAUGGAGAGAGGACUUAAACACAGGCCAACAGUUUCCAUCUCAGAUGUUGCCCAUUUAAUGGCCAAGCAUGGGAACAAAAUGAUACCUUCGUUUUAUCACCCAAACGAAGGCAGAAUUGCCCCUGUCACAGAAGGAAAUAUCAAACAGGCAGAAGAAAAACGCAUGUUCAACAUUUCAUGUUUGGCAGAGAAGGAAGAUGAUUAUAGAACAGAGGAUUCCAGCAGUAAUCCAAUCACGGGUUCUAAGUCACAUUUCUCACUUUUUGACUGGUUUCAUCAGGAUAACUGUCGGAAAGAGGAAGAGGUGCUGAGAAAAUCUUCGCUUGUGUCUGAGAUUGCUGGACUGAUUGACACUCAAGCUGUGGAACAACUUUUUAGCUCUUGCAAGAAGGACAUUUACUUCAUGAACAACUUGAGUCCAACUAAUCAUUUAUUUGUUUUUAGACUUAUUUGUCACCUCCGCAAUCAAAAAAAGAACUCCCUAGUUAAGAAGAGACAACUUGAAGUAUUUGGGACACUCCAUCAGAAUAUGUAUGGACAAGUUUGCGGAGGAGUUGAUGUUGCAUCAAAUUCCAGCUACAACUCUGGACCAAUAUCAGUAGAAAUCAGUCAAGUUGAUAUCGCAGAUUCGCCAGUCAUUUGCAAUGUGUCAAGCAUUUUAGAUGUUGCAGACAAUAAUGAUAUGGCCUAUAAUGAUCCAGAAAUCCAGACCUCUACGGGUGGGCUUGUAAUAACACCGAUUUCACAACAACCAAGAAACCCUCUAGAUGAAGCAAUGGAAAUUUUGCAGAUGAAGGUUUGUCCUUAUGAACUGCUUCCACAAUGA